AUGAGACAAGAUUUAUUAGGAAGUUGGAGUACUGAAAGUGGAAUACAACUUCCAAAAUUACCUUUUCUAAAACGACGUCAUAAUUUACAUAAUGAAACAUUACGUGCAACUAUUUUAGCUGGACCAGGAGUAUCAAUAAAACGUGGAUGUAUGCCAAAUGGUACUUGUACUGGAGGAGUUGAUACAAUGGCACGACAUAUUUCAGAUAUAUUUCCAUUUGAUUUACGUAUUUCACCAGCAAGAAUGAAUGUCAUGGAUUACACCAUGCCAUUAUACACAACUGACCAACGAAUGUAUAUACAAAAGCCAGCUCCAAAAUUGGUAUGGAACCGAUAUUUAAAGCCAUUUGAUAGCAGAGUAUGGAGUCUUAUUGUUUGUUUAUUUUUGAUACAUAUUAUUAUAAUAAUCUCCAUUCGAAUACUUCAUAAACGUCGAGUUGUCAGAGAUUUAACAUUAGAUGAAAGUUAUAAAACAUUAUCAGAUAUUUUUUUUCUCAGUUUUGCUGCAAUGUGUAAUGAAUCAAUUCCAGAAAUGUCAUUAUUAUCAUUACGUAUUACUCAAUUUACUAUUUAUACCACACUGACGAUUCUUUAUGCUGCUUAUUCAGCAAUAUUGAUAACUUCAUUGGCAUUUCAGACAUUUGAACCUCCUUUCACCACCAUGGAAGGUCUUAUGGAGGAUGGCUCUUAUGAUUUAGGAAUUUUAAAAGAUUCUGCUGAUUAUGAUUUCUUUCAAAAUACUUCCAUCAAAAUUCUAUCGGAUUUGUUUGAAAAAAUGAUGUCUUAUGAAGCUUCUCUGCCAACAUCUAGAAUCGAAGGGCUCAGAAGAAUUUGUAGCAAUAAUAAAUAUGCUUAUUUAGCACCAGAUAUAUCGACACAAUACUUUCCAGCUAAAAAUUGUACACUAAUACCAUUGAAUGUUAUUUCUAGAAAUGCACCGUUUUCCAUGGCUCUACAGUACAAGAGUCCUUUUAAGGAUAUUAUUAAUUACAGAAUCAAUGUAUUGAGAGAAAGUGGAAUUUUAAACAAAAUAUUCAAAGAUGCUGAGGUAUCAGACAAUGAGAUUGACAACAGUUGGGUUACAGUUGAACUUCCGGACGUUUUUCCUUUGAUAGUUAUACUAUUAGUUAGUUAUGUAAUAAGUCUUGUUAUAUUAAUAUGGGAAAGUAUUUAUGCUAAGCAAGAAAAAGGACAUCAUGUUGGAGAUAUAACGAGAGUAAUUGUGCAAAGUCGAGAUUAUCUUCCAUACAGAAAUUAA